AUGUCUAAACUAGCCCAAUUGGCAAAACAGAGGGCACUUCAAAGAGAAAAAGAAUCUCAGGAUAAUCAAGACCAGUCAGAAUCAGAAGAUUCACAACUACCGACAGAAUCCUCAUCAAAAUUAGCAGCAUUAGCUAAAGCCAGAUCAUCAAAUCAAUCAGUUAAUUUAAAUAAUUCAAACACAUCGAUCCUAGAUCGAUUUUCAUCUAACAGUUCAAAUGAGUCACUCGCUACUCCAACGACUUCGACAUCAUCAAUACUAAAGUUUAAGAGAAAUGCACUUUCUCAAAGUAAAGAAAAAUUAACACCUAAAACAACACCUAAAACUGCACCAUCGAAUGAACCAUCAAUCACAACAGAAGAAACACUUCCUCUGAUAUCUUUUGACAUUUCAUUAGAUAAUUCCAUAAUUUCAAGUGUACCGAAAGAUGACGUUUCAAUAAUAUGGAUACAAAACAAUUCAGACAAUGAUCUCAAAAGAAGAAAAUUGAAUAAUUCAUUAUUUAAUUCAAUUACUAACUCAUCUUUAGAAAAAAUCAAUAAAACAAAAGAUAACUUUAAUAAACCAUCACCGGAUGAUGAGAUAUUAAAUGCUCAAAAACAAGCUUUUGAUGGAGUUAGUAAAUUAUCAAUAGCAGAAACAAAUACAACAGAACCAACAACUCAACUGGAAGUGCUACCACAACUUAAAUCGAAAACAAAAGAAACAAAACCAUUUAAAAAAUUAGAUAUAGAAUCAGAACUUGUAAAUAAUCCAAAUUAUAAUAAACCACAUAAAUCAUUUGUUGUUAUAGGUCAUGUAGAUGCUGGUAAAUCUACAUUAAUGGGAAGAUUAUUAUUUGAUUAUGGUAUAGUUGAUGCUAAAACGGUGAAUAAAUUAGUUAAAGAAAGUGAAAAAAUUGGUAAAGGAUCAUUUGCAUUAGCAUGGAUAAUGGAUCAAACUGAAGAAGAAAGAAAUCAUGGUGUAACUGUGGAUAUUUGUGCUACUGACUUUGAAGUUGAACUGAAUAAACUCACUGCGAUAGAUGCUCCAGGUCAUAAAGAUUUCGUCCCACAAAUGAUUGGUGGUGUUUCAAAUGCUGAUUUUGCUUUGUUAGUGAUUGAUUCCAUUACUGGUGCAUUUGAAUCAGGAUUUGCGUUAGAUGGUCAAACAAAAGAACAUACUAUAUUAGCCAAGAAUUUAGGAAUUACAAAAUUAUGUGUUGUUGUAAAUAAAAUGGACAAAGAAGAUUGGAGUGAAAAUAGAUUUGAUACGAUAAAGACACAAAUGCAAGAAUUUUUAACUAGUGAUGAUAUUGGUUUUAAAUCUGAUCAAAUUACUUUUAUACCGAUUUCAGGAUUAACUGGUAAUAAUGUUGUGAAAAGAGAUGAAUCAAUUAAAGCAUUUGAAUGGUAUACUGGUCCAAAUUUAGGUCAAUAUCUUGAACAAGUGCCAAUCGAGAACGAAAGAACAAAUUUAUUAAAUGAACCAUUCUUUUUCUCCGUUCAUGAUGUAUAUAAAGAUAAAGGAGAAUUAAAAGUUAUUGGAAAAAUAACGAAUGGUUUAAUUCAAGCAGGUGAAACUGUAAUUGCAUAUCCAAGUGAAGAACUGUUACAAAUACAAUCAAUAAAAUCUAGUGGGAAUACAGUUGAUUUUGCAAUAUCUGGUGAUUUAGUAACAUUUUUCUUCAAAUUAAAUCAAUUAUCAAAUGAAACAACAGAUAGUAUAAGAAUUGGUGAUAUACUAACCAAAUCCAAUACUCUCAUAAAAACAACAAAGACAUUUACAGCAUCAAUAAAUUUAUUUAAUUUAGAUAAACCACUUUUAGUUGGAAUGCCAUUUGUAUUAUUUAGAAAUAGUAGUCAAGUACCAGCAAGAAUCAAUAAAAUAAUUGAAAUAACAAAUGCCACUAAAAAGAAGAAAAAAAUAUUACAUUUAACUUCAAAACAAAUUGCAAUUGUUGAAAUUCAAAUUGAUGGGAUAUUACCUUUAACAACUUAUGAAGAAAAUUCAAAAUUAGGUAGAAUAGUAAUUAGAAGAGAAGGACAAACAAUAGGAGCUGGUAAAGUUACGGAAAUUAUAUAG